AUGGAACAAACGAUUAUAAUUCUCUUAAUUAUAAAUAUUGCUCCUUCCAUUCUUUUGCCUUGGACAUGGCAUUUCGACGAUGAUAUGGGGAGAUUUAACAAGUACUCGUAUGAGCGUUACAACAUUAGAAAACAAUUAGAUGGAAGAUCUUACAGAAUAUUAGAAAAGUCUAAUAGGAAUAUAGAUUCAAGUAUUGUAGGGUUAAACGAAGAGAUCUUAUAUAAUGAAUUGAAAGCAAAAGGAGGUAUCUCUAAUAAUGUAAAAUGGGGCAAAAUAAAAUUCAAAGAUUCAAAUGGAAGUACGACAAAGAGAGAUCAACAGAAUAAACAAACUAUGAAAAACAAAUAUUGCAUAUAUGAAACAAAAAAAUAUUCCCGUAUGGAAAGAAAAAUAUUCAAAGAACAAGAUUAUAUGGAUUUUCUUGAAAAUAACAAAACAAUUAGUGAUAAAAUUUAUCGAAAAGUAAUAUUUAAAAAAUACAGAUUACGAAUCUUUUUGCCUCUAUUAUUGUUUUCGUUAUUAUUCAUAUCGCUUUUAUUAGAUGUUUUCUGUGAUUGUGGACUUCGUCGCGGGUUUUAUAGUGUAAUGAAAGUUCUCAGUGGAUCUAAGUGGACACAAUCAUUACGUCCCGCGUUAAUGAAUGAACAUUUUAAAUGGUUUUUCCAAUCUAUGGGAGAAGUUGCAAUAGAAACUACGGCAGAUAAGCAUCUAUACACUCCAACCUUUUUUCGUAUGAUAAUAUAUAUCAUACCUUUCUUAAUUUUUGGUGUUAUAAUUAUAUUAGGUAUUAUUUAUUACCAUAAAAAAGUUAAAAAAUAUAAAAAAAUUAAAUUCAAGAAAAGGUAA